UGUUUGGGUAUAGACAUUACGCUCAGCAAGUGUAUGCCUAAUAUCUCUUUUGGUACAAUUGAUCCAGUAAACACAUACUGUACUGUAGCCUCCAGUGUCCCCCAACCACCUACACACACAUGCAUGCAAUGUAUCCUACAGUAAGUUCCCUUUGAAAGCCCUGUCAUUACCCCAGUUCCUUGUUGGCUGAGAAAACAAAAGGGAAGUUGGACAAUCUGACCUAUAUGUCUCGGCUUUGGAGGAAGAGAAGCAGACAUAUCACGGACUUAACUAAAGAGUUGAGUAGAGUAGAUUGGUUGACAAGGAUCACAGAGUCACACAGUGGGGCGAGAAGGAGAGAAAAGGAGUAGCAAAAACAGGGGAGCAGGUGACUGAGGAAACAAAACAAGGAAGAGAAUAUAGGAAGAGAAGAAGAUGGGUGGACGAGUGGCACCGAGCUGCUGGCUGCUGCUCACGCUCUCUCUGAAAGGUAUUCUUGCAGGUGAUUGGUCAGUUGGUCUCCCCUCUAGUCCUAUCUGUGCUGUUAUUGGUUCCUCUGUGGUUCUCCCUUGUUCCUAUGACUACCCCCAAAGUUCUAAUGAAACCAAGGAAGAGGGACGGCUCUCUUCUCAGGGUGGAGGAGAAGAAGGACAAAAGUACAAAGUUUUGUCUGAAAUGUGGUGUCUCGAAGACAGUCGCUGCAUCACACCAAGAUAUGUCUUCCACAGUGACGGUGUCUUCCCAGAUCCAUCCUACCAGAGCAGGGUGGAGUACCUGGGACAACCAGGAACAAAAAACUGUUCUCUGAGGAUUUCUGAUCUGAAGCAGUCAGACAGCGGCACAUACGUGUUUUACCUCAUCACCAGCCACCCUACACAGAAGAUGCUAGAGCAGAGCGGUACACAGCUCCUGGUGACAGACUCCUCCAGCGCAGUCACAGUGUCAGCAAGUCCGUCCAGUGACAUCACAGAGGGCGGGGCCUUACGCCUGGCCUGCUGCAGCCCAGCGGCCAGCCCACAGGCCCGUUACAGAUGGUACAGGAGCACUAGCACCAGCCCGAGACAUACUGGACAGGUGUGGAACAUCAGUGAGGUUACCUCUGAUGACUCUGGCAGCUACUACUGUCAGAUACAGACUGGAGAAAAAGUGCAGAACUCAACAAUGCUGCUCGUUGACGUAGAGUACUCUCCUCAAAACACAGCUGUCUCAGUCUCUCCUGCUGGAGAGCUACAAGACGGGCUUCCUGUCACUCUGACCUGCAGCAGUGAUGCUAACCCGCCUGUCCGCACAUUCACCUGGUACCAGGGCAAAGCGUGUCUAUCUACAGCAGACAAAAGCUUUCACCGAGCAAGACAAUCCACGGCUACACCCACAGGACGAGGCCCGACACUCAGCAGUGCCAACAUCACUACUCAGGAAUAUGGGCAGCACUGCUGUGUUGCACGCAACAGACAUGGAUCACAGACCGACACCGUAACACUGAAAGGUUCCAGAGCAACGACCCCAUCUGACUCUUCAGGAUUCCGAUUGAUGCUUAUCGGAGUAACCAUCGUGGUUCUACUGGCUAUUGUGGCCAUAGUUGCCAUUCUCUUAACAAGGAGACGGAAGUCAUCAAGACACCAGUCGUAUGUCCUGACCGAGACAACUGCACCAGCACAUUAAGGACUCAAAAAAACAAAAACACCAUACAACCACCAGAGGGCUAUUUCACAAAACCAAGAUAAGGGAUUAAGCCGUGAUUUCCCAGUUAUCCUGGCUCAAUUUAGCCUCGACUCUGUUUCACAAAAGAAGAUACCAUGGAGAUUUUUUCUGUACAUCUACGGCCAGUAUUUAUUAAUCCUCAGAGACCUUAUUCAUUUUAUUUAAUUAUUUUUAUAACUGAAGAUAGGUAGAUAUUUUUCUUAAUACCCUCAGACACUGCGUUUAACUUCAUGUUGCCAAGUAAAGCCAUAAUACAAGCAGAUACCUUCAAAUUAUAUUGCAUCACAUGCUGUAGCCCAUUUUGGCCUGCUUGACCUGAAGAUCAUAUGAUAAGAUCAUAUGAGUAGAACUUCUGCACUACUGUACUAAAAGGCUGUAUCUGUACUCUACUGGAGUAUUAGUUUUUCCUCCUAUUUCCACUUUUAUUUGAGUACAUAUUUUCGAUGAGUUUAAUACUUUUACUCCGAUACAUUUUUUAUGUGCUGCAUCGUUACUCGUUACAA